AUGGGCUCGACCGGAGAGAAGGAGAAGGAAACCAUGGAACGUGCGUGGAAUCAGGCGUCGGGAAACCUCGUUUGGCCGAUGUUAUCUCGCACCAACUAUCAAGAGUGGUCCGCUCAUGUCCAAUGUAACCUCGAAGCGAUGUAUCUAUGGGACGCGAUCGAGAGUGACAAGGUCGAGCGGCGACAUGAUCGACUUGCGCUCGGCGCCAUGAUUCGUGGCGUGCCCGGCGAGAUGCACUCUAUGUUGCUGAACAAGAAAUCGGCGAAGGAGGCAUGGGAAGCUAUGAAAUCGAUGCAUCUGGGGGCAGAAAUCGUGAAAGAGGUGAAUGCGCAGAAGUUACUUGCGGAAUUUGAAUCAAUCUCGUUCAAGACGGGAGAAUCAAUUGAUGACUUCGCAGUUCGGAUCGGCAAGCUGGCUACCGAUCUGAAGGGCCUUGGUGAUGAAAGCGUGGAUGAUACAAGAGUGGUGAAGAAGUUCCUGAGAGUUGUUCCCCCACGCUACAAUCAAGUAGCGGUCACGAUCGAGAUGUUCUGCGACUUGAAGACUUUGUCUGUCGAAGAACUCGUCGGUCGGCUCAGGGCGGCUGAAGACCGAUUCGAGCCUACGCCAGAUCACGUCACCGAUAAGGCGAAGCCCUCUCUUCUCCUCACGGAGGAGGAGUGGAUGGCGAAAAACAGGAGUCGCAUGAUUCACACCGACUCGUCCUCAUCUGGAGGUAAGGGCAGUGGAAAUUAUGCGAAGAAGGACAAACAAGGAGUGCACGGCGGCGGCGGGAAGCAUGAUCGCGAGAGGCGUGACUCAGGUUGUCAUCCUUCGACGGGGACACCGCGUCGGAAGGGAAGAUGCAAGAAGUGUGGCGUGUUUGGCCACUGGGCAAGGGAGUGCCUGAACAAGAAAUCCGGGAAGGAAGACCAUGAUGAUGCUGCUCACCAUGUCAGUGGUGACACAGACAAGAACCCAGCACUCCUGGUGGCCCAGGUGUGUGACAUCGUGCACACUACAAGGACAGGCGGCCAAGGCCUGUUCCUGAACCAGGAACGUGUGUUCUUGGCCAAGUACGAUGAGGGCGCUUGGGUUCAGUGGGACGACACAGUAGCCGGUCCGACAACAGGGCUCGCGGAGCCUAAAUUUUCUGAACCUGAACCUGAUACCGGUGAUCCUGGACCGCCUGCUGUGUCAGCAUCAAUUCCACAGUAUGGGGGUGGAUCAAACUCACCUCCACACACUCCCAACUUCAACUCAAUCCCAGGAGUGCCGAUGACCCAAUGGGCAACACCGCCCACCGGGCAGUCUGCAGAUUCAGAAGGUGCCCCACUACGUUACCGUAUAAUCCCAAAUUUGCUUGAUACUACUGAAGAAGUGCAGGAUUUUGAGUAUAGUGGUCUUUGUCUUGUUGCGGCUGAGGAACCAAGAUCAGUCCAAGAGGCAUUAACCGAGCAGAGUCGCAUGAUUCAUACCGACUCAUCCUCAUCUGGAGGUAAGGGCAGUGGAAAUUAUGCAAAGAAGGACAAACAAGGAGUGCACGGCGGCGGCGGGAAGCAUGAUCGCGAGAGGCGUGACUCAGGUUGUCAUCCUUCGAUGGGGACACCGCGUCGGAAGGGAAGAUGCAAGAAGUGUGGCGUGUUUGGCCACUGGGCAAGGGAGUGCCUGAACAAGAAAUCCGGGAAGGAAGACCAUGAUGAUGCCGCUCACCAUGUCAGUGGUGACACAGACAAGAACCCGGCGCUCCUGGUGGCCCAGGUGUGCGACAUCGUGCACACUACAAGGACAGGUGGCCAAGGCCUGUUCCUGAACCAGGAACGUGUGUUCUCGGCCAAGUAUGAUGAGGGCGCUUGGGUGUUGGACACAGGCGCAACAAAUCAUAUGACAGGUUGCCGAUCCUCGUUGGCAGACUUAGAUGAAUCGAUGCGCGGCGCGAUGAAAUUUGGCGAUGGCUCCACCGUAGAAAUCUACGGUGUUGGUGCAGUGACAAUGGCCGGCAAGAAGAGCAUGGUGUUUGUUGCUGAUAAAGUUGCAUAUGCACUCACCCAAGGUCUCAAGGUUCAUGAUGGUCUGAGAAAGUGGCUCCACUCCAAUGUUAGCCCAGCAGUUGAUGAAUCGACCAGGAUAAUUUAUGGAGGGUCUGUUAAUGGAGCUAACUGCAAAGAACUUGCAGCUCAACCAGAUGUUGAUGGGUUCCUUGUUGGUGGAGCCUCAUUGAAGCCUGAGUUCGUGGACAUCAUCAAGUCUGCCACUGUCAAAUCUUCAUCUGCCUAG